AUGACCAGAAUCAGCAUAUUUACAGUGUUGUUAGUUGUCUUGGCCAUGUUCUAUUGUGUGUUCGAUUAUUUUACUGCAGAAAUCAUUCUUUACUUGGCCGUCGUUGCGGCAGUUGCGACCGCGACGAUCAUGUCUCUCCGUGCCACCAUCGUGAUAUGGAUCACGGUUUUGGUUCUGUUGAGCUUUGCAGGAAAUCGUCGGAAGAGUUUGGUUCAACGAGGUAGACAAAUAGUAUUUGAUGUAGUGUGGCACUUGGUUAGAGUCUCAUUCAGAUCACAUAAACGGUGA